AGGGGCUGGCUCAAGCGGGGUUGCGGAUGCACCGCUCCCGCGCUGCGCCAUGCCGGUGAAUGUAGGGCACCAUGUGAUUUCCACCAAAGGUGGACCUGAGAGCGUCUACUCCAGGCUGGGCGGGCUGCCGGCCUUGGAGACCUUUGUCAAUGGCUUCUACGACCUCAUGGCCACGGACAAAGACACGAAGAAGUUCUUUGAAAAUCGAAACCUCGAGAAUUUGAAGAGACGUACGGUGGACUACCUCGGCGGCCUGUGGGGCGGUGAUGCGUAUCGGGGCCCGGACCUCUUCUUGGCGCACACAGGCCUGGGAGUCACGACCAAGACCUUUGACGUGAUGAUGAAGUGUGCAGAGAAGCAGUUGAAGAUCCAGAAGGUGGCGUCCACUGUCUCGGGGGAGAUCCUGAGCGAUCUCAGAGGAAUGCGAGAGCCGCUCUGCGAUCCGACCGGGCGCCUGGCGAAGGUGUACAACGAGAAGAACUUGGCGCUGGGCGACCCCUUUGAUGAUGCAGCCAACCGAGCUGCUUUUCAAGAGAGGCAACGCAAGGAUGAGGAGCGCCGGCAAAAGUUGGCCGAGUUCCGCAAGAAGAAGAAAGAGCAGGAAGAGAAGGAGAAAUCCGCGAAAGAAGCAAAGGGAAAGAAGACCAAAGGCUCGAAAGAAGCCACGCAGGCAGAGUCCACGAUGGAGCUGGUGGAGCCGGCAGAGGAGAAGGAGCCCUCGGAGUGCGGAUCCGAGGGCUCGGAGGACUCGGCGAUGAAUGCGCACCUCACGCUGCUGAAGGGCAGCAAGGAAAAGCCCUCCGAGGAGCAGCAAAAGGAGAACAAAGAGAAGGGCAGCAAGGAGGAGAAAGACAAGAAGAAGGAGAAGAAGGGGGCGAAGAAGUACGACCCGGUGAAGACCUCGCAGGUGAUCCUGCGGGCCAAGAUCGAAAAGCUUCAGCCUGCUCAGGCUCGGUCUAUGGACUCCACCGCGGAGACCACCAUGGACGGCGGACGAUCCGACCGCUCAGAGGGCAAGAUGACUCGACAGAUGACUGACUCCGACGAGUGGUCCAUUGACGAGGACCUCCCGGCGACACCUGCUCAGUCUGCAGUCUUCUGUGAGCUCAUGGAUUGGAGAGUUCGAGGAGGACAUUUCUCAGAGGAUGUUGGAGAAGUGGAAGGCUUCGAAGCGCCCAAGCGAAGCAAGCAAAGGGUCAUGCUGGAACUCUGAUGUGUCGGACACGUAUUUUUAAGAUGCUUGCCGCAUGUUCACGUGGCUGCCAGCUCAUUGAAAAGGCAGACCAACUCUAGGACCUUCGCGGACCCAUUGGCCCAUGGCCUUCCGA